AUGCAGGAGACACCGUUCUGCCUCAGAGUUGGACACCUUUUCCCCUACUCCAUGUCAGAUUCCAACACAACUGAAUUCACCAACCCCUCCACUUUCAUCCUGCUGGGCAUUCCUGACCUGGAGGCAGCCCACGUCUGGAUCUCCAUCCCCUUCUGUGCCAUGUACAUCAUAGCCAUCUUGGGGAACUUCACCAUCCUGUUCAUUGUGAUGACAGAACCAAGCCUCCAUGGUGCCAUGUACUAUUUCGUCUGCAUGCUGGCUGUUACCGAUCUGGUCCUGUGCACGUCCACCCUGCCCAAAAUGCUGGCAAUCUUCUGGUUCAAUUCCAGGGAGAUCGAUUUCAGUGCCUGCCUCACCCAGAUGUAUUUCAUUCACUGCUUCACAGUGAUAGAGUCUGGCAUCUUUGUGGCCAUGGCUUUGGAUCGUUACGUCGCCAUCUGCCAUCCCCUGAAACAUUUCACCAUCCUGACGAUCCCCCUGGUGGCCAAGAUCAGCCUGGCUGUGGUGCUGCGUGGCGGCAUAGUCGUAUUGCCCUAUCCCUUCUUGGUAAGACAGUGGCCAUAUUGCACAACCAAUAUCAUCCCCCAGCCGUACUGUGUGCACAUGGCCUUGGUGAAGCUGGCCUGUGCAGAUACCCGCUUCAGUAGUUACUACGGUCUCUUUGUGCUAUUGUGUGUGAUGGGUCUGGAUGGGAUUUUUAUCACUGUGUCCUAUACCCAGAUCCUCAGGGCCAUCUUCAGCCUCUCUACAAAGGACGCCCGGCUCAAGACUUUUGAAACCUGUGGCUCCCAUCUUUUUGUCAUUUUAGCCUUUUACAUCCCAAGUCUCUUCAUCUCGCUGAUGUACAGGUUUGCCCAAAAUGUGCCCCUGCAUUUCCACGUUCUCAUUUCCAAUGUGUACAUCUUGAUGUCCCCCAUGCUAAACCCCAUCGUCUACGGAGUGAAGACCAAACAGAUCCGGGACAGGCUGCUCCGGCUCUUUACUCAAAGAGGGGCCUAA